UUCAGCUCGUGUUUUCGGAGGACAGUAUUAUUAGCGGAGCAGCGUGUUUCCGCUUGGUUCUCAUGAUGGCGAUGACUUUGAUCAGAGGGAAUUUUUCAGGAAUAUUAAGAGUUUUUCAUACAACAGGAUCUCAUUUAUCUCCGUCUACAGCUACACGCUGUUUGGUUCCUACAUUGACAUGUUAUCAAAACUCUUCAAGCGUCACAAACCCUGCAAGUUUUGUUCCACACACAUCAUUAUCUAAACCACCAUGGCCAGAACUACCAGCAUUUGAUCCUGAAGAUGAAGAGAGAAAACAUGGAGUGCUUGUUCAGAAGGUAAACGGCCUCAUUCAGAAAGGAGAAUACGGACGAUUGUUUGCUGUCGUUCACUUUGCUGGGCGUCAGUGGAAAGUCACAAAUGAAGAUUUGAUCCUUAUUGAAAACCACAUUGAUGCCGAGUGUGGUGAUCGAAUCAGAAUGGAAAAGGUGCUGUUGGUCGGAGGAAAUGAUUUCACUCUUAUUGGAAAACCACUUCUAGGCGGUGAUCUGGUGAGAGUUCAGGCCACAGUUAUUGAGAAAACUGAAUCCUGGCCAAUGGUUCACAUGAGAUUCUGGAAGAGACAUCGAUACCAAAAAAAGAGAACCAUUAUUCAGCCUCAGACUGUGUUGAGGAUAAACACCAUUGACAUCUUGCCCAAACUGCUUUAAUCUGUUAUUUAUCUGCCGUCUCUGUGUAACAUCAGGCCUGAUUUUUAAGGUUUGUGGUCAUGUAAAUAAAGUUUUCAAAUUAAUAUCUUUUAUAGUUGUUUUUCUGUUAAGUGAAAUAACAUCUGUACACAGACGAAUGUUGCCUGUUGUAUAUAUCAAAUUAAAAAAUGUUUU